ACUGCCUUCUGUCUAAAGCCUUCUCUAUCAUCUCCCCACUGUUCACAUCCACUUUCUCUUCUUUCUUCUCUGUUCCUCCUCUGUUUCUUCUGCCUUUCUGCUUUCUUCUCUAUUACUUUGGGGCCUUGCUCCCUCACCUCCUGCCCCAGUGCCUUUACAACAUUGAACCUUGAAGCACUUCAUGCCUUGCCCACGCAACUUCAAAACUGUCCCACCCACUUUCUCUCUCACUCCCUGACCCAUCCUGAAUCUCAACUGGCUUCCAAGGCUCACACCCACAGAGCUGUCUCUUUCCCACUCUUUCCAUUCCUUGGUGACUACAGAAACAAGGGCUUUUGGGAACUAACACCAUGUCAGGCUCAGAGCGCCGAACUCCAAAAGACUCCUUCCUUAGGUCAAGUCUGUCAGAGGCCAUGUCAGGUUUCUCUCCAUCUUCCAAGGCCUCUUCUAGAGUUUCCUUUGUUCUGAGUACCACAACAGACUCAGACCCAGCAUUUGAGGACCCUCAGGAAUUUUCCUUUGUAUUAGAUACCUCAACAGAUCCACACCUUGGCUCCAAUACCUUAUUCGCCUAUAACACAACCAGACCCAGUGCCAUAGAUCCCUUUGAGAUGGAUACUGUAGCCCAUGCUUCAAGAGAUUCUUUCUCCGGUCCCAAGAAUGAGUAUGAUGCCACCAGUUCCUCUUUUGUGUCUUUUGCCAUGUCACAUUCGACCCCACGAGGCUCCAGGGAGAUGCAAGUUGUUCCCAAGCCAAAGACAAAUAUUACUAGUUCAUUUAUAGCCUUUUCUAAGACAGGUUCAGGUGCAGGCCAAGAGGCCAGGGAUAUGUCCCCUGUUCACCGACUAGUACCUCACCGUGCUCCUUCUAAAGUUUCUCCUAUUUCUGACCAGAUCAAGAAACAUGUAGAGCCUUUUUACCUAUCCAAGGAACAACUCCUGUAUGUGAAGGACACCAUGUUGGCUGCCAUGGAGAGAGGUCUAAAGCAGAAGGUUAAAGAAGGCAACUCUUUACUCAUGUUACCCUCUUACGUUUGUGCUUUGCCUGAUGGCACUGAGCGAGGAGAUUUCCUUGGCCUUGAGCUGAGCAUCAACCAGGUGACGGCAGUGCUGUUGCAGUUGACAGAUGAUGUGGAGGAGCCGGAGGUGCUGAAGAAAAAGUCUUUCCCUUUUACUGAGAAGGUUAACAAUGGCAAUGGGGAGCAGGUUUUUGAAUUUUUGGCCCAAUGCCUGGUCACAUUUUUGAGUGGACUUAACAUCAAUAAGAAAUAUUUCCCACUGGGCUUUUCCUUUCCCUUCCCUUGUGACCAUACCACACUGACCCAGUGCAAACUGAUCAAAUGGACCCAGGAUUGCCGAUGGCCAGGCAUGGAAGAACGUGAUGUGGCACAAAUGCUCCAAAUAGCCAUUAACCAACAUUGCAAGAACUACCAAAUAGAGGUCCUUGCUGUGGUGAACAAUGCUGUAGGGACUUUGUUGAGUUGUAGUUCUGACACAGAGCCAUGUGAUGUGGGGCUAAUUAUAGAUCAUGGCACUAACUGCUGCUACAUGGAAGACACACAGCGCAUAAUUGGCAUGGAUGAAAAUUUGGGACGCAUGUGUCUAAACAUAGAAUGGGGCUCUUUUGGGAAUGCUGCUGAGCUGAAUGACCUACUGACAGAGUUUGACCUACUAAUGGAUAAACAGUCCAUGGAUCAAGGCAAAUGCAGAUUUGACAAGUUGGUUGGUAGCAUGUACCUGUGUGACACUGUUCGCGUGAUUUUGGCUAGCCUGGCUGAGAAGGGUGACCUUUUCAAUGGGGUCUUGACUCCUACCCUUCUGACCAAAGGAAACCUGGAGCUUCAAGACAUUGUGGAGAUCAUAGAUGGAAAAGUGGGCCUGGCCAGAGCCAAGAACUUUCUUUUCCGCCUUGGACUGGUGGCAAGCAACCAAGACUGUUUCCAUGUACAGCAAAUAUGCCAAGCUGUAUUUACCCGUUCUGCCAACCUCUGUGCUGCUGGACUGGCAGGUGUUCUUACUCAUAUCCGGACUGCUCAAGGGCAGUCAGAACUGAAGACCUUUCUGGCUGUGGAUGGGGAACUGUACAAGAGUCAGACACAGUACGCUGAAAUCAUGCAGCGGACAUUGAAAUCACUGGCCCCUGAAUGUACCAUCCAAUUUGUCCCAUCAGAGGGUGGCAGUGGCUAUGGGGCUGCCUUAAUGGCUGCUGUAGCAGUGCGACUUAGAAAUCAGCAGGAGGGGGUGGCCCAGAUCCUGGCGCCUUUCCAGCUUUCUGUGGUAGAACUUGAAAAACUACGGAACUUGAUGAGACAGGAGAUGGAGAAGGGCCUGUCGAAGGAGACACACAGCACAGCCACUGUCCGCAUGCUGCCUACUUACGUGCGCAAUUUGCCAGAUGGCACAGAGAGGGGUGACUUCCUGGCAUUAGAUCUGGGUGGAACCAAUUUCCGAGUUCUGCUGGUGCAAGUGCGAAGCAAAGAGGAAGGUGGUGUGCGCAUGACCAGUGAGAUUUACACUGUUCCACCAAACGUAGCACAGAGCAAUGCAGAAGAGCUCUUUGACCUCAUUGUUAACUGUAUGGUGGAUUUCCACAGCAAGCACACCAUCUUGGGACGAGCGCUACCACUAGGUUUUACUUUUUCCUUUCCCUGCCAUCAAGUCAGCCUGGACAAGGGCAUCUUGCUGAGAUGGACAAAGGGAUUCAGUGCCAGUGGGUGUGUGGGAGAAGAUGUUGUGAACUUGCUGAAGGUGGCAAUGCAGCGUAGACCGAAUGUUGAUAUAGAUGUGGUUGCCAUAGUGAAUGACACUGUGGGAACCAUGAUGUCAUGCGCCUACGGGGACCCCAAGUGCGAGGUUGGCCUUAUUGUUGGAACGGGUAGCAAUGCUUGCUACAUGGAGGAGAUGAAGAACAUAGGCACUGUGGAGGGUGACGAGGGCAGGAUGUGUAUCAACAUGGAAUGGGGGGCCUUUGGAGAUGAUGGUUGUCUUGAAAACUACAUGACACCUUUUGACAAAAAAGUGGAUGCACAGUCCAUCAAUGCUGGCCAGCAGAGGUAUGAGAAGCUCAUCAGUGGCAUGUACUUGGGUGAGAUCGUACGCCACAUUCUCCUGGAACUAGCAUCUCGCAAGAUCCUCUUUAAGGGUCGAGAGUCCUUUAUACUAAAGAGCAAAGACAUCUUUCCCACCAAAUUCUUGACAAGUGUUGAGGACAGCAGCCAAGGCCACCAACAUGUGUGUAGUGUCCUGGAAGACCUCGGGUUGUCUGUGUCUGCUGAGGAUGCCCUCGUGGUGAAAGAAGUGUGCCAUACCAUCUCUUCACGUGCUGCUAAGAUGUGUGCAGCUGGAGUGGCUGCUGUUGUGGAAAAGAUCCGAGAGAAUAAGCGCAUGACAAAGCUGGAGGUGACCGUUGGUGUGGAUGGGACGCUCUAUAAGAUGCAUCAUUACUUUGCAAAGAAGCUUCACGACACCGUGGCACUACUGGCUCCAAACUGUACUGUCAAAUUUUUGUUGUCAGAGGAUGGCUCUGGGAAGGGAGCUGCCCUGAUUGCUGCUGUGGCCUGCCAUAAAUAAGAGUCAUGUCCGCUUGGCUUGUAUAAAGGCCUCUCAAUAAGCAGGACACGUGAGCGUUUUCUGCCACAUCUUGACUGAUCAGCAGCAUGGAAUUUCACCAUUCUUUGAGGCAGUUGUGGCAAAGUUGCAGAAAAAGCACAUUGCAGUUGUUGUGGUGUUUUGUCUUUACAACUCUUUUCUCUUGAGAUCUUUCACACACUCACAAGCAACCAAGGAGAUGGGGUAGGAAAAUA